CAUGAAACUGUGCGAAUAUCUAAUUUUGUUUACUUCGAUCCUUGCCAUAUCUUCGGCUUCGUUCAAGGUCAGAUAUGAUGAGUUCGCAGUGUAUCGUGUUACAUUUGAAAAUGAGCAACAGAGACAAGUUUUACAACAAUUUUUGGGAAAAGGAGAACAAAAGUACGACAUUUGGUAUGAAGGACGCAAUGAAAUGCAUGUGAUGGUCAAUCCUAUUGAAGAUAGAACCUUUCGGAGUUUAACAUAUAUGACAGGACUAGAAGUGGAAGUUUUUAUUCCUAAUGUGCAAAAAUUAAUCGAUGAUGAGCAACCCCUCGAAGAGCGAUACAAUUCGGACUUUAAUUGGAAGCGCUAUCACAAUCUUGAAGAAAUCUAUGCCUGGUUGGAUAAGAUACUUAUUGAUUAUGCUAAUGUCACUGAAGGAUUGGUUAUUGGGCAAUCCUAUGAGGGUCGUGAUAUAAGAGCCGUUAAAAUAUCCCACAAUACAGGAAAACCUGCAAUUUUUAUUGAAUCCACAAUACAUGCCAGAGAGUGGAUCACAGUGGCAACAGCUACUUGGUUUAUCAAUGAGCUUUUGACGUCCGACAAUUCUCAAGUAAGGGAAUUGGCCGAGAACUAUGAUUGGUAUGUCGUUCCAGUGCUAAACGUCGAUGGUUUCGUCUAUACACAUACAAAUAACCGAUUGUGGCGCAAGACCCGACAACCUAAUGCCAAUUCAGACUGCAUCGGUACUGAUGGCAAUAGAAAUUUUGAUGCCCAUUGGAUGGAAAACGGUGGCGCUUCUGACGAACCGUGUGAGGAUCGUUAUGCUGGAUCUGCACCCUUCUCUGAACCGGAAACAGAAGCCCUGUCCGAAUUUGUUGCUAGCAUCAAGGAUGAUUUGCGCAUAUAUUUGGCUUUCCACUCGUAUAGUCAAUUUCUGUUGUAUCCCUACGGACACUCUGAAGAAGAAAUUCCACAAAAUAAAGAGGAUCUAGAGGCUAUAGGCGAUGUUUUCACUUCGGCCAUUAGAAAUCUAGCCUAUGGCACUGAGUAUACACAUGGAACCACAGCCAAUUUGUUAUAUAUUGCCUCUGGUUCGUCGAUAGACUGGGCGUACAGUGAGCUGGAUAUUCAGUUAGCCUUUCUUAUUGAGUUUCGAGAUACCGGUCGGUAUGGACAAGUCUUACCACCUGCCUAUAUCAUUCCCAAUGCUGAAGAGAUACUAGCUGGCCUUAUUGCUCUUGUUGAUAAGGCUAAAGACUUAAACUAUAUUUAAACAAGAAAAAAUUGUAGUAAAAUAUUAAAAAAAUUAUUCAUUUGA